AUAAGCCCAAGAGCCCAAGAGACAACUCUAAGGAAACCUAAUUCCUUCUGUAGACCAAACCGACUCAUCUCUCCACAACCGCUUCUUCUACUUCACCAAAAUCGUUUCUCUCACUGCUUCUAUUUCUUCUUGAAAUUAUGUAUGUAUAUUAAUUUAGGCAUGGUUCAACAAGUAAACGAGGAAGGCGUUCCUCCCACCACUGUCCGUGAGGUCUCCAUCUUGCGAAUGCUCUCCAGGGAUCCCCAUGUCGUCAGGUUAUUUGAUGUCAAACAUGGGUUGAAUAAGGAAGGGAAGAAUGUUUCGUAUUUGGUGUUCGCAUAUAUGGAGACUGAUCUCAAGAAAUUCAUUCGUUCCUUUCGUCAAACUACAGAGAAAGUCCCUCUCGAUAUCGUCAAGUAUCAAUCUCAAAAGCUCACCACCACUCUGAUGCUCCAACUUUGCAAGGGUAUAGCCUUUUGCCAUGGCCACGGGAUCUUACACAGGGUCAAUUCUUGGAGGUUAAUGUGCUGUAUUAGUUUGGUCGAUGGUUUUGGUGGGUGAGUCUUCUAAUGGAGGCAUGUAAUGGGGUCGCAUGGUAUUCUAUAUUUUUAUUGAUAUUAAAGAAGGUGUACUCAUACCGCAUUGGUGUGUGUAGAAGAUAAGUUUCUAUUUUUAUUUUCUCUUUUCAUAUUGAUUCCUUUAGCUUUUUCUUACUUGAAGUAGAUAUUUGUUGGAUUAUGUCAAAAACUUUUAUCUAGUAGGUCCCAACAGUAACUUGGAACAAUUUUUUAUACUUUUUAAAUUAUUUUAUCUAUCGAACUAAAAUUAAUAUCAUUUUAGUAUAUUAAAAAAAUCACUAACCUUUUGAUGGUUCCUUCAAACUUUUAGAAAAGAAAUCAAUGAAUUUCUUUAAUAUCACUGAAAAGAGAAAAAUAGUUAAAUGCAUGAGUAUUAUGUUUUUUGAAUUGAUGAUUGUAUUUUGUAAAAAACAAUAUGAGAUAUAAAUCUUACCUUUGAAUUUAGUUGUAUAUGUUUAUGUAAAUAAGAAUUAGGUUUCUUCUCUGUUUUUUUAAACUAAUGUAGUUUUUUUUUUCUUCAGUUUUUGCAGGAUUACUAAUUUGAAACUUGCAUAUGUACUUAUCUAAUUUUACUAUGCUAUUAUUAUAUGAAAAGAAAUCUCACUAACCUUUUAUUGAUGAAAUCAAAAUGUAUUACUUCAACAAUUUCUGCAAGUGAAAUAAAUCAUUCCAGAGUUGAAAUUAUAGUGUAUUAAUUCAACACUUUUUGUAGGUGUAAUUGAUAUAAGAGUAUGUUUCUGGAGUUAUUUUUAAUUAUUUCAGAGUUUAUAA